CCGGAAGUGUUUGAACUUCCGAAAAACAAACUUCUCAAGAUAAAAAAGUAGGCGUGUUUUGUUUUUGCGCGAUGAAUUUAAGCGCUUCAAACACGUAUGGUAAUGGACUCCUGUAUUCCGGCUGGAACCAAGACCAAGGAUGUUUUGCAUGUGGAAUGGAAAGUGGAUUUCGAGUCUACAAUGCAGACCCUUUGAAAGAAAAAGAACGCCAGGAUUUUACAGAUGGUGGCAUUGGCCAUAUUGAGAUGUUGUUCAGAUGUAACUACUUGGCUUUGGUGGGAGGGGGAAAGAAUCCCAGAUACCCUCCAAACAAAGUGAUGGUAUGGGAUGACUUGAAGAAGAAGCAUGUGAUAGAGCUUGAGUUCUCCAGCGAAGUCCGCAGUGUGAGGCUACGCAGGGACAGAAUUGUGGUGGUGCUGGACACAAUGAUCAAAGUUUACACGUUUACACAGAACCCCCAACAGCUUCAUGUGUUUGAAACUUGCCAAAAUACAAAAGGUCUGUGUGUGAUGUGUCCAAACAGUAACAACUCCCUGCUCACAUUCCCGGGGAGAAAGAUGGGCCAUGUGCAGGUCGUCGACCUCGCCAACACAGAGAAACCUCCCCUAGACAUCGAUGCACAUGAGGCCUCGCUCAGCUGCAUGGCCCUUAACCUGCAGGGCACACGGCUGGCAACAUCAUCAGAUAAGGGCACAUUGAUACGAGUAUUUGAUACAAGUAACGGUCAACAGUUACAUGAGCUUCGGAGAGGGGCCAAUCAUGCUAACAUUUUUUGUAUAAACUUUAACCAAGAUUCCACAUUACUGUGUGUAUCUAGUGAUCAUGGGACAGUGCAUAUAUUUUCAACGGAGGAUACCAAAAAGAAUAAACAGUCAAGUUUGGCAGGUGCCGGUUUUCUUCCUAAGUAUUUCAGCUCCAAGUGGAGUUUCUGCAAGUUCCAGGUGCCUGGUGGGGCUCACUGCAUGUGUGCCUUCGGCUCGGACAGUAACUCUGUGAUAGUGGUGUGUGCAGACGGUAGCUACUACAAGUUUGUGUUCAACCAGAAGGGGGAGUGUACGCGAGACAUGUACUCACAGUUCCUUGAGAUGACAGACGAUCGAUCAUAGUCGCACACACCUUACUCUCAUAUACAUCAAUAAACUGUCACCUUCAUAACUCAUAGUUAUAUGGAACAUUAAUUCUGUGGCUAGUUGCCGUAGCAAAGAGUACAAGACAGUGCUCUGUCAGUGCUCUCAUUAUAUAAAGCUACGACCCAACGACCUGAAUCAAAAUAGUGUUUUCCAGUUAAAAAUAGAAAAAGUUUACCAAUAGAAAGAGUUGCAAAUUUAAGCCAAACCCACAGAAAGUCCAUGUGGUUUUUAACCAACAGAUUUUCUAUCAGACAACUUAAAUCGAAAUAGAGCUAUCGGCUCGGCAGCGAAAUUUUAGCCAGGCGACCUAUAUGGCCCUCUAUGCUAACUUAUGGUUGCAAAGGAUAUGGUUGUAGAGUGCUUGAUAGAAAAUAGUUCAAGCAAGCAGCCCUGUUAAAGUCAGAUACUUCUUGCUUUUCCCUUUUCAAUGUUAACUGGCAAGCGAGAUAUUUUGGAUAGCGAUGGUCCUAUUUACUAAGUGUCCCUUUUUUACAUUUUAAAACAUGUAAUAAAUCUUAUUCAUUGGAAAUACUGCUUUUGUUGCAAUAAGAACUAUAUCGCUGAUUUUUUUCAUCAUAAAUUAUUAUGACGUCACAUGAUGUAUAUCCUAUGUAAAACAAUUUUAAAUCAUAAUUUCAAACCAUUGAAAUAUUGACUUGUUUCACAAUUAAUUUUCAGCAGAAGUGUUGAUGUGCAUUUAUGUUUAAGUAUGAUGUGCUCAUGUCCAUCUUCCAUUACAAUAUAAUGUCUUGGUAGGAUCAUAUGUGCCAGACAUCGACAUUCCUUGUAUUAACCGGUGCUUUAAAAACUGCGUUCAUGCAUAUCUCCCAUGUAUGAUGAGUCAGGAACAACAAUGCGCCUUAAGUAUAUUUAGCCGGAUUUUUCAUCGAAAAAUUCCAGGUUAUAGAUUGACGAAAACUCCGGCGUUCGGGUGAUGUUUACGAUUUUGUGUUUAAGUUAUAUUUUUGUGUCAUAAACAAAACAGUUUUUAUUUUGGUGCUGUAAAAUAGGCCAUUAAGUGGAAUAUUAAAACAAAAUACUAGUAGUGUUAUAUGUUCUUAUUCCGUUCAUAAAUACUAUAGUCUUUAUCCAAUUUUCAUGAAACUUGGUCAGAACAUUUGUCAACAUGAUGUUUAGGACCACUGUUAAUAUGAGUCAUGGAAGGUCAACAAAUAGGUCAGAAAAGUUUGAAGGUGGGUCUGCACCAUUUACCUUUUCCUCUAUUCUAUUAAACUUACAACCUGCUGCAAAAUCUUAUUUGUCAAAAUGAAAAAUUGGGCAUUAAUGUGUUGUCUGCAUUAAUCCCUUAUAGAAAUGCAUAAAGAUAAAGAUAAGUGUAUUUUAAAAGUAAUAAUAAUUUGUAAUUAUUAUACUAAGUAAAACUCUGGAAAAGUUAAAAAAAAAUCUUUUCGUAGAAACUGUUUUAUAUCCAUUCAAAUGAUAGCCCCUGAUAAUGUCAGCAAAUAAUUACACACUUGUAUUGUAUGGUGCGAUGACCCAAUACUGCAUAUUAAGAGUCAGAUUUAACCAUAAUAAACACUUGUUAGGUAUGUAAGAAAAAGAACUGACCAUGAACAUGUUAUCGGUCAGACUUGGGAAACAACCAUCAGUUAUGUGUAUAGUUAACUCGGCAAAUCUUGGGUCAAGUUCUGGACUUCAUACAUAAUAUUGAUAGAUGCAUUUAAUUGUACAUGCUCUGGGUUUCUCCACUGUCUGUUUAAAUAAGUUUGACAUUAAGAUGCUGCCAGUUUGCACAGAGUUAUAAUGAUUUCAUGGAUUUGAACUUCAUUAUACAAAUACGACCUUUUUUUGUACCCUAAUUGGCGUUGACCCAUUAAAUCAAACAAUAGAAAUAGCAAUACACGAGGCCACAGUCACAUUAUUCCAUUCAUUAUGGAGCCAGUGUGUUGCAGGAAUGAUGUAUAUUAUUUAUGAAUUUCUGUUGCUGAACAAUUAAAAUUACAUGUAAUAUUUCGUGCCAAUUUGUGCUUUCAUCAAACAUCUGAUCAUCAAGUCAUAGACAGAUCCAUCACUCGUGUGUAUACGAGUUUCAAAAGGUUCGACAUAUUUGAAUUAAUGUAUCUGAUUUACAAAUAAGUCUGUCACUCCAUCGAGCCAUUAGUAACAAUGUAAAUUUUUCAUCCCUUGAGACCCAAUGAAAUGUUGGUAUCCUUUGAAAGGGUGCUGUUAACUUUUAACUGAUGUGUAAAAUAAAUGGUAAAAAAGUCAUCAUACAUAAUGUUAUUGCAUUUCUUGAUUUUAGCUCUACUGGCCAAAGGCCAGAAGAGCUUAUGCGAUGGUAAUGUGUAUGUAGUAUGUGCGUCCGUGCAUCCGUACGUCUGUAAACAUUUUCUUGUUAACGCGAUACAGUCUUCAGUUUUGAUUGUAUCUCGAUGAAACUUGUACAGUAUUUAGAUAUCAAUUAGAGCUUGGUUCCUUUCGAAAACCAGCCAUAUCCGCCUAUGCAUGCCUAGAUUAUGGGCCUUGAAAGUUUUAAAUUAAAGAAAUGCUAUUUUUAGUUAACUUAUUUUUAGGCAUUCAGGUCUGCAUGAGCGAAUUCUAUUUUUAGCCAAGUUUACAUGUACAUGUAAAUUCAAGUCUAGGACUAAGGGAGAAAAUUUGCUUUUUGUACUGCAACUGAUUUUGUGAAUUACUCUGCCCUGUUCUUGUUGAAAGCCCAAUUUUUUUUAGCUCUAAGUGUCUGUAGUUUGCACAUUCAUCUUAACAAAAUUGGUUGUGAAUGUUUGUUUAAGUUAUGCACCUGGGGUCAUUACUGGUCGCACCCAGGGUUCACAGGUUUGGUAGAAUUAAAUUGGGAUAGGUUUGAAAAUCUUUGUGUGUUUUUGCAUCCUUCUCAGCACAAUUGCUUGUGAAUGUUUGUUCAAAUUGAUCAAUGUUGUCCUGGGAUGCCCUUGACUUUGACCUUUUGACCAACUUUUUUUAAAUUUUUAAAACUACGGUACAGAAAUUUUUACCAUGAGUACAGUUUUGAAAGCAUUUUUUUUGUCAGAUGACUUUUACUUGGCACAUAUUAAAAUAGUUCAUGCAACUAAUCUGCUUACAAUACUUCCUGGGCUCAGAUGUUGAACGUGCAACGUUUUUAGGUAACCCAAACACAAAAUGUGAACUUUAUGUCUGUUGCCUUUUACUCAUACAUGCAUGCUCUGGAUUAAAAAUGACCACAAGAGCCAUGCCAGUAGAGCAUAGGCCCUUUUGGGUCUCUUAUUAUUUUUUGUUUCAAUUAGACGAGAAAUAACUGAUUUUACAUCCUUGAAUAAGUACAAAAAAACUUUUGGUAAUACAGUCCAAAUUUGCUAUGUCGACAUCGGAUAUCUCGACUUUCUGGUUGUGUCGACUUUUUUCCCCGGUCCCUAAUUUAUUCCUUCUUAUUCUUUAUAAAAUAAAUCUACUUAUGUCGAUUUUUGCUAUGUCGACCUAAUCCAGUCCCUGUGGUCGAAUUUCACACAUUUUCUUUGUUUUUUUAUGAUUCUUUGCUAAUGAUUCUAAACUGUUUCAAAGGAUAUUAAAUUAAAAUGGGUCAACACUAAAAUUAUCAUAAUUGUAUAUACAAUACCUUGAUGUGUCAUAGAAGUGAUGUGCUUAAAUAUAAAGUGUGCUUUAUACGGAUAAACCACAGUGUCUCAUGCAGGAGACUGUCAUUUGUAUAAACUGAUGUUACAGAUUUAUGCCAGUCUUUUGGAAAUAAUAUUAUACUUUUUUCCUGUUUUAUGCUGUGAUAUUAUUUAUGCAGUGCUCCUGCCAGGGUUUGAAAAGGGCAAGGUCAGAACAGGCCCUUUUGAUGUGCCUUGAAUGAGCCUUAAUGAAUCGGCUCUUUGCAAGGGCCAAUGUUCGAUUCUAAUUGUGUACUAAUUAUUAGAACACGUAUUGUUAGAACUACUUUUAAUACUAAUAGUUUGCUAUGAAUACCUUAGCUGUUAUAUUUUCUUUAUAGUUUUAAAAGUAUGUAUAUUAAUUUUAUUACUUUUAUACUUAUGUUCUGACAAUUGAAUCUAGUCAAACUAAAGGACAUAGAGGGUGUAGUAAAAAGGCAGCAGGGUGCUGGAAAAUGGAGGCGGGGUGCCCCACCCUGCUAUUUCAGCCUAGCUGGAGCACUGUUUAUGUAAUAGUAUUGCAACUGCAUCUAAGCCUAGUGUUUUAACUUGUACAUGAGCACUCUGUGCGAGCAUAUAAUUUCAAUCAUGAAGAAAGUGGGUGCCCCUAAAAAAAAAGAAUACAUUUUUACCAAAAUGUGCUUAAAUUGUAGAAAAAAAGUGUAUGAAUGCAGAAAAAAUCAUGAUGUAACUGUUUUUCACCAUGUUGAUGCUGUCAAGGGCUAUCUUUAAUAUGUAGCAUGGGGUACAAAUGUAUAUUGUAUGCAGAGUAGUUAUUGAAUGGUUAAGCUCCGUCUUUUUGCUUCUGUUUUGAUAUGGGAGACAAUAUACAUGUAUAUACAAAAACAAUUACCAGCAUGAUACAAUCCAACUUCUUGAAACAGGUAGUUUCAAAUUUAAUAAGUGAAAUAAUUUUGCAUUCAAAUUAGUGAACUUGAAUUUCCUUUUGAAAAUUUGCUUUGCUUUGCUUUGUAUAUUGUAUGCAGAGUAGUUAUUGAAUGGUUAAGCUCCGUCUUUUUGCUUCUGUUUUGAUAUGGGAGACAAUAUACAUGUAUAUACAAAAACAAUUACCAGCAUGAUACAAUCCAACUUCUUGAAACAGGUAGUUUCAAAUUUAAUAAGUGAAAUAAUUUUGCAUUCAAAUUAGUGAACUUGAAUUUCCUUUUGAAAAUUUGCUUUGCUUGUUAGAAGUUUCUUCCAUCUAAGUGGAAUUAUUGUCUUCCGUAAAUAAUAUUAAUAAUGUAAAUAAAAAAUAUAUAUACAUUGUUUUAUUUAUAAAUUGUAAUUAAGAAAUGUAAUAAGUUAUUGAAAUAUUUGAGAUAUUCUUUAAUAUACAUUUAAUGCAAAUGUUUUGCUUUUUUUCUGUUAUCUCUUGACAUAUUAAGGAUUAAAAAACAUUAUCUUCCUAUCAGAAGAUUUUUCUAUUGUUAACAAAUUUAUAGUGUUUGAACAGACCAGCUUUAUCAGUAAAUACACGUCAUGUAUACAUGUGUGUUGAGAUUACAGUUGAGGUGUUGUGAAAUCCGUCUUGUACGAGAACAUAAGCGGUACAUGUUUUGUACUUUGUUUGUGUUACAUCAUCUAGAUAUGUGGAUGAAGUUUAACAAGUUUAAGACGACAGGAACAAAUGCACGAGGAAGGGGAUUUAUGUGUUUAUGUGAGCAUACUCGUCAACGUUUAUAAUGUGCAAACAACGGCAUUUUUUUAACUUGCAUAUAGCUACAUGUCCAUGUACAUAUUGUGAAUAUGUUUGUAAAUAUUAUGCACCAGUCAAUCGUAACCACCGCCCCCCUAAGUCCAGGGAAUAGCAGGGACUUUGCCUUUCAGUAACCCUAGGUAAGGCCCAUUCCCCACUAUAUUUGGCACGAAGAUAAAACCACCGCAUUCACCCGGCACUGCGGUGCCACCGGGAAGGUAAAAUUAAACAAUGCCCAAUUUCCCCGGCUAUCCCCGGUAUAACAUUGGACCUGGGAGGGGGUGCUGUGGUUACAAUUGACUGGUGCAUUAUGUCGUUUGUAUCGGGCAUUCAAUUCUUACCCAUGUCAAGUAUAUGUAAAGGUCAUAUAUUUUCAAUACUCAAAAAAAUGGGGGGGGGGGGGGGUCAGGAAAUUCUAAUUUUGUUUUAAAAAAUCGCUAAAAGUUAGUCAGGUUUUUUUGUUUAACAAAUGUGGCUUGCAAUAAGAUGAACCAGUCUACAAGAUAGCCCCACACUAGGCACAUUAUUUUGUACAGUGUAAACGAAAUAAUAUGAAACUGAAUUGUAUUUCUACUAGCUGUAACAAGAAUUGGUCCAAUACACAGAGAUUCUGGAAUGUGAUUUCUGCUACUUUUUGUGAAAUCUGUAUGUUAUCAAGCAGGUUUCUUGAGGAAAAAAACUCUUUCCCAGACCAACAUGACCUCUUUUGUAGAAGAGUAAUGUAUGUUAAUGUUUUCCAAUACUCUUUGAGAACUAGAUAUAUUUGCAGAUUAUCUUUCCUCAAUCGUCUUCAAAAUUAUUGAUUAUAAAAAUAUAAUGAUGAUAAAUACACAACAAGAUUUCAGUACAUUUGUUUAAUACUGCCAUAUUCAAAUAAAUAAAUGACGUAAGAAAGGAUAUUCCAAUAUGUGAAUUGCAAAUAAACAAGGGAAAAGUCCGUCAAAUCCAAAAGAAUCAUUCCACAUUCAAAUACCAAUAUCUCAAAAAAUGACCUUAUAAUUGAUACAAAAUUUUGUGUUACAAUUAAGCAAUAAUUCCUUGACAUAUUUUGAUUAUUAGACAUAGAGAAGAAUAAAUGAUCUUUGUCAUAAUUUUUUAUUUUGACCUUUUUUUGACAGCAAAAUAAAAUACACAUGUAAAUCCACCUUAGAAUAACCAUGAAGCCUUAUUUAUGAAAGUAUUUUUUGGAAUCCUUAUUUUGCUCCAAAUUUAUAAAUUCUAGAAAAAGAUAUGAGCAUCUAUGUCUUAAGGUGUUUAUCACCCCAAAAAACAAGAACAUCUUUAAAAUUGAAUUUAAAAUAUCUUAAAAAUCUUAAUUUAAAUCUGUGUUCAUGAACAUAAAAGUUUCAACACCUCGACUUGAUCUUUCAAUGAACCAGUGCAUAUGGUUAACAAUUCAAUCAUUUUUUUAUUUAAUAAAAAAUGUUGGCAAUAUUUUUGACAUUUCAGUGACUGAAACUUUGUCAACACAAAUGUGGAGAUGCUUUUGACAUUAUAUGUAGAUUAUAUGUAUAAUUGUUCCUUAGUAAAAUGAUGAAAUCAAAGUGAUAAUUCUAAUGAAAACUUAUACACAGUAACUGAGAUUGUUAAAGAUGCGCUGCAUCAAAUGUUUGUUAUGUUAAAAUGUUAAGCUUAUUUGCGCUGUGCAAAUGAAGAUACCUUUCGUUGAAAAAUGUUUGUUUUGUAUAUUUUUUACAUCGUACUCACACAAUAAAAAAUGAAAAAAUAUUUCAUGUUGAGAUAUGAAAUGUAACAAUAAUGAAAAUAUUGAAAAU